AGGUUCCUAAGAGGUCUGCUAACAAGGUUGUGUUGCAUUAGACACCUGUAUAGCUUAACAAGUAAAAAACUUGUUGCUCUUUGCAGGACAGAGAGGAUUUUCUCUAGGAGUGUGAUACGAUGUAGUCUCCGACAAAAACUGGCGCGCAUCUUGAAGUCCAAGUUUGGCAUCGAGAGACGGAAGAGAGUGAUUAUUAGAGUCCCGUUUUCAACACAGAUCAACUUGCGUGCGGUUAGGGAUUUGGUGGUACACGUCAUUUCCACAUCAGUUGGAGAUGAAGCUAUUCGAUCCAUCGUUGUAGAGAGAUUGAGGGUAGUCCGACUGAGGAACAAAACCGUGGCCGCGGUUAUGCACACCUAUAGGUGGAUUCUGGAGAAAGGACAGGACAUGUGUGUCUGCUCUGAUUUUCGUCUGACUCGUUACCAAGGUCACGUCCGCAUCCGGUUGGAUGAAGUCGAAGGAGUGGAUCGGUAUCUGCACAGCUCAAGGAACAUCACCUGCGGAAGGACGAUCUCGAAGUUUCAGCUUAUGGAGAAGAUUUAUCAGGCCAUUCCGAGGGCAUGCAGGAGCAAUAUGUUGCAGAUAAAAAAUGAAGAUAUUGAACGGUGUUUCAGAACACAGGAGGUAAAGCAGAAUGGUGCGAUGACCGAGCAAGAGGUUACGCAGCAAGUUGGGCACCUGCAGCAUCUUGUGCUCGUCCCGUUGGACAGAAAUCCUGGUGCUACCCUGGUGAUUUGUCCGACCCUGUAUAUGCACACGUUUCGGUUGACUUUCUGUUGGAACGCUGCAUUCAGGAGUCUGAUACAAUCGGAAUCGGAGUUUUUGGUAGAAUCAAAGGGCGCAUAUGACGAUGCAGGUUUGCAGAAUGUUGCCAUUUGGCGAACGAGCGGGAAGCUAGGAAGGGCGUACAUUAUACCUAAAGAUAAGGAUUACUCCAGAUGGAGGCAUAUCUCCCCAUCGUGGUCUGAACCAUCACGAACGGCCAGCACCAGGCUGCGGAGAGCUCUUAGGUACAUGUUGCUCUGCCUACCAGUGAGCUAUCAUUUCAGUCUGAGGUCGACUGAUCAUCUGAAUACUGCACUAAGCAGAGGCGUUGCAUCACUUAAGAAGGUUGGAGGAAUGAUCGUAGCUCGUAGUUACGACAUCAAGGACAUGUUUGUAAAACUCCCACAUGAAGAGAUCAUAGCAUCAGUAGAUUGGCUUGUGAAGAUCCACGAGAAGAAGAAUUUGGUUGCAGUGAAAACAAGUGUUCGUGGGAAGAAUUGCAAGAUGGCGCGGACUCUUCACAAAGAGGAAGGGUAUAUUUGUUUGUCCUUUUUAACAGUGAUGGCUAUGCUAAGAUACGAGCUCGGGCAUGUAUACACUAUAUGUAAUGGCCGAGCAUACCAGCAGGUGUUCGGAAUUCCGAUGGGCAACCAUUCCUCCCUUGCUCUCGCAGAUUUGAUGUGCACGAAGGCGGAGUACAUGUUCUUGAUGAGCCUUGGGAGUGAGCGUUGUCUCGUCUCCGGAGUACGAUUGGCCAAUGAUGUCUCGGUUAUGGUUGCAGCUGGAAAUAAUGGCACUGAUUCUCAAAGGGUAAGUCGGGUUUUUCAUCGGUUUGCUGAUGCGUACCCGCCCACGCUGAAGCUGGUCAGGAAAGACGAUUGCGGCUACGCGUGGGAUUUCCUCGGGUGCAAAGUUUUUCUGGUGCCAGAUGUGACGGAAGUGCAUGUGUUCCCCAGAACAAAGAAUCAGGCAUGGCUGACUGAGCAAGGUACGCUGCAUUAUCAUUCCAUGCAGGAUUACAGAUCUUACUCAGCGAAAAAGGUAAAGAGGAUGACCAUGACGGCGUUCAUGCUGAGAUUAUGGAGGUCAUCGACUGAUGAACAAGCUGCCGGUGUGUCUAUCGUAUGUCUCAUAAGGGAAUCUCGCCUCCGGGGACACCCCCCCGAGGUCUUCUUCGGUUCCUUGGCUAGGUUGGCCAAGGUGGUGGGUGGCCCCUGGAGAUCUUGGAUCUCACAGGUUUACCCCCACCACGGAUCGACGUCAGUACGAUGAUGAUGAUGUGUGAGUGGGACCACGUGUUCAGGCACCAGUUCCAGUUGUUUCUGUCUUCGUCCCGCUCCCGGGUUUGUACUAUUCCCUCUGUGGAUUUUUGUUUUGCUAGUUUCAAAGGUUCGAUCCGGUGCACAGUGGAAUAGUUAGUCCAGGAAAUUUUUAGUUUUUUCCGAGGCUGUUUUUGAGCCUCCGGACCGGGAAUUUGUUUGGGCACCUACGGGACUGGGCGGAACUUCAAAAAAGAUUUUUGCGGGCUGUCUAAAAAAUGGAGGGAACAAAAACGUUUUUUGGGC